AUGGACUACCCAAUUUACGCCGGUCAUCAAUCCCAGCCCUACUCGCUUCAUGGGCUACCCACCCCUGACCAACAGCCACAGUCACAUAGUGACGAUGGUCUCCGCGACCCGUUCGCUCUGAAUGCAUAUAACAACCAAUACCUUCCUGGCUUUGACCCCUCGUUCCGCCUCGACCCCUCCUCGUCGCUGUUUCCGCCGCCGCAUUCACCGCCGGACUCGUUCUCCAAGUACUCGGUUUCGAGCAAUGAUGUGAACCAUACCAAGACGGACCCGACUCCGAUCGAUGGCGACGAGGGUCAUUAUGCCGACCCCGCGGGCCGUAGCAGCAGCGAGGAGAAGGAUAACAUGACGCCGGCGCAGAGUAAGCGCAAGGCGCAAAACCGAGCAGCCCAGCGCGCAUUUCGCGAACGUAAGGAGCGCCGCGUCCGCGACCUCGAAGACAAAGUGAACAACCUUGAAGAAGCAUCUACAACCCUACAAGCCGACAACGAGCGCCUGAAACGCGAAUUAGCCAAAUUCACAACCGAGAAUGAGAUCUUGCGCGCUACAUCACGGUCGAACGGCUCCCACCCACAAGAGUACCCCGAACCAACCGUCACAGGGCCGAUGAGAUACUCACCCACCGACUUCUACACGAGUCUGAUGCCCGAGGGCUCAGCUUCGAAUUCAGGCUCUGAUGUGGCUGUCCCUGGUGCUCACACUCCACAUCGCAUUACGGUAUGCCAGAUCACGGGCGAGAAACUACUCGAUGCCGGCGCCACGUGGGAUCUUAUCCAGGGCCACGAGCUGUUUAAACGUGGGCAGGUGGAUCUUGCUGAUGUCGCGGAGCGCCUCAAGGGUAUGGCGCAGUGUGAUGGACAGGGCCCGGCUUUCAAGGAGGGUCAAGUUCGGAGGGCUAUUGAGGAGAGUGCUUCGGACCGUGAUGAACUGAUCUGA